CUUUCCUGUGUGUGUGUGUCCCCAGGUUGCGGCAGGCGCUGUAGGUUUGGCCAAGCGGGCGCUGGAUGAGGCCACAAAGUACUCCCUGGAGAGGAAGACCAUGGGCAAACCCAUCUGUGAGCACCAAGCUGUGGCCUUCAUGCUGGCUGACAUGGCCAUCGGGGUGGAGACGGCGCGCCUCAUCAUGCAACGGUCGGCCUGGGAGGUGGACCAAGGUCGUCGCAACACCUACUACGCGUCCAUCGCCAAGGCCUUCGCCGCAGACAUUGCCAACAAGUGCGCCACGGACGCUGUGCAGAUUUUUGGUGGUAACGGCUUCAACUCGGACUACCCAGUGGAGAAGCUGAUGAGAGACGCCAAGAUCUACCAGGUACUGGGGCUGUGAUAAGUUACUCCGGUG